CAAAUAAGUACGAGCGUUCAGUGACAGACGGAGCAGAGCACACUUUAACAUGUAUCCUCCUGACAGCUCAUCAAAACACUGGCCAUUUCCCUAGUACACAGGCUUUAACAGCGAUCAAAUCAAGCAAUAACAUUCUCUUUUGGGAUAUUUUUCGACUUAGAGAUCGAGCCUUACAGUGGACCAUCUGUUGAUCAACUAAACAUCGAUUGCAACAGGUGCUUGUGCUCUGUGCCAGGGUAUGUUUUGGCCAGUUGCCUGUCUGCACUGAAACGAGGGUUCAGAAGUCCUCUGCGGACUCACCAGUGGCUAACUGCCUCUCCCGCAAGUACAGUCUACAACACUGUAUAGGCUGCAACAGGUUUCAGUAUCGAUGUGUGAGGAGUUCAACAUGACUUACAGCAACAGUUCCCUGUUGAUGAUAUGACAGCACUGAACUCUUCGGCACUGUUCGCCUUCACCAUGUCCGAGUAUCCCGAGGGAGACAGCCCUCUACUUCAGCUGCAGGAAGUGGACUCCAGCAGGGUGGGAGGCCACGUCCUCUCUCCUAUCUUUAACUCCUCCUCUCCAUCCCUGCCGGUGGAGAGCCACCCCAUCUGCAUCCCAUCACCCUACACAGACCUCGGCCAUGACUUCACCACUCUGCCAUUCUACAGUCCCGCUCCGCUGGGUUACGGCACAUCUCCUCUGUCCGACUGCUCAUCAGUACGGCAGUCGCUAAGCCCCACCUUCUUUUGGCCACCUCAUAGCCACGUUUCCUCACUUGCAUUGCAUCAGCAACAGACUCAACUACAACAAAACCAUCCAACUGGUGGGACAUGGGCGGAACUUACACCACAUGAUCACGGCGAAGAGGAAAACUGCAAACCGCUGGCAAAGAGGGUAGCAGAUGCAGAGGAGACUUCUACCUCUUUGAGAGGUAAAGCUGACAUGCACUACUGUGCCGUCUGUAGCGAUUACGCUUCUGGGUAUCAUUAUGGCGUGUGGUCGUGUGAAGGAUGCAAAGCCUUCUUCAAGAGGAGUAUACAAGGACACAAUGACUACAUCUGCCCUGCCACCAACCAGUGCACCAUCGACAAGAACCGCCGCAAAAGCUGCCAGGCCUGCCGUCUCCGAAAAUGUUAUGAAGUUGGAAUGAUGAAAUGUGGGUUACGGAGAGAUCGUGGCAACUACCAACAAAGAGGAGCACAGCAGAAGCGACUGGCACGAUUCUCUUGCAGGAUGAGAACAAGUGGCCCGAGAUCUCAAGAAAUCAAAAGUGUCCAACGUCCCCUCAGUGGAAAUAAGGUGGUUACCAUGGCGUUGAGCCCUGAGGAGCUAAUCGCUCGAAUCAUGGAUGCAGAGCCACCCGAGAUUCAUCUAAUGAAAGAUGUGAAGAAGCCGUUCACUGAGGCCAACGUCAUGAUGUCACUGACCAACCUGGCUGACAAAGAGCUUGUUCACAUGAUCAGCUGGGCCAAGAAGAUCCCAGGUUUUGUGGAGAUCGGUCUUUUUGACCAGGUCCAUUUGCUGGAGUGCUGCUGGUUAGAGGUGCUGAUGCUGGGACUGAUGUGGCGGUCGGUUAAUCAUCCUGGAAAGCUCAUUUUCUCCCCAGACCUCAGUCUCAGCAGGGAUGAAGGCAGCUGUGUGCAGGGGUUUGUGGAGAUCUUUGAUAUGCUGCUGGCAGCCACGUCCAGGUUCAGAGAACUGAAGUUACAGAGAGAGGAGUAUGCUUGUCUCAAAGCCAUGAUCCUUCUCAACUCCAACAUGUGCCUGAGUUCGGCGGAGGGAGGAGAGGAGCUGCAGAGCCGGUCGAAGCUGCUGUGUCUGCUGGACUCGGUGACGGAUGCUCUGGUUUGGGCCAUCUCGAAGACAGGCCUGAGCUUCCAGCAGCGCUCCACCAGACUAGCCCAUCUGCUCAUGCUGCUCUCGCACAUAAGGCACGUCAGCAACAAAGGCAUGGACCACCUCCACUGCAUGAAGAUGAAGAAGAUGGUUCCUCUGUAUGACCUGCUUCUGGAGAUGCUGGACGCUCAUAUCAUGCACAGCUCACGUGUGUCUCACUCCGGCCCUCAAGCAGCUCCUGCUCCCAAAGAGAGCGUCCAGGAGGCCUUCGCCUGCACUUCUCAGCAAGGCGGGACCUUAGGACCCUAAACUAUUUCUGCGCUGAAGAAUGAUCUAUAGUUUCGGGAGAAUGGACAACAAAACUAGCCACACAAGAGUGGAAUAGGAUUUCUCAAGAUGA